AUGGCGGCAACUGAACAGAAGCCCAAGGUGAAGCUCUACUGGCUGGAGCAAUCGAGAGCCCAGAACAUCCUGUGGCUCCUCGAGGAGCUCAAGAUUGACUAUGAAAUCGAAGUGUUCCACAGGAAUAAGCAGACGCUCUUGGCGCCUCCCGAGCUGGCAAAGGUUCAUCCUCUGGGCAAGUCGCCCGUGAUUGAGAUUUUCCCAACCGGCUCUGGCGAGUCCAUCAAGCUGGCCGAGAGUGGCUACAUGACGCAGUACCUGUGCGAGCACUUUGGCCAGAACACUAGCCUCAUCCCCAAGAAGUGGAAGGACGGCCAGGAGGGCAAGAUUGGCGGCGAGACUGAGGAGUACUCGAGGUGCCAGUAUCUUCUUCACUACAUUGAGGGCAGUCUGCUCCCGGUCCUCACCAUGUCUCUGGUCAUUGGAGCCCUGAAAUCCGAUAAUGUACCCUUCCUCGUCCGGCCCAUCACGUCGGUGGUGGCCAACCGGAUCUACAGCAUGGUGAUCUUCCCCAACGCCAAGAAGCACAUGGCCAUGAUUGACCAGAUGCUCGAGACGUCGCCCAAUGGUGGCAAGUACAUUUGCGGCGAGCACCUCUCGGCCGCCGACAUCCUCCUCAGCUUUGCGCUCAUCGCGGCGCAGCCCCGCUUCGACGGUCUGGGGAGCUGGCCCGGCGGUUCUGCCAAGGCGGCGCACCCCCGUGUAUUUGAGUAUAUCGAGAGGCUCAAGAAGGAGCCCGGCUAUGAGAGAUCGGCGCAGAAGAUUCGCGAGAUUGACGGCAAGUUUGAGGCCACGAUCUCUAAGAUGUAA